CCUCGUUCUUUUCACCUCUUGCAUUCCAUCAUCUUCUGUUUAUUUGAAAAGGAACACAAGGCGACCCGCUCACUCAUCACUCUUUCACCCCAAAACCCCAGCAGCAGUCAAACAUGGCUUACUGCUCCUCCCUCUGCUCCCCCAAAUUCCUCUUCCUCUUCCUCCUCCUCUCCGCCGUCCCCAUCGCCUACCUCAUCUCCCUCGAGGUCGCCAAACCCGCCACCCACGUCUACCACUACCACAGCACCAGCUGGUUCCGCGAGUGCGCCAAGUGGGACGAUCUCAACCGUCGCUUCCUUGUCUCCUUCAUAGACGGCGGAAUCGGCCAGGUAACGGUGCCCAGCGACGAUUCCGAUGCGGUUCUGGUGGAAGUCCCCGUGGUCAAACACGUUGACUUGGCCGGAAAUGCUUCGCUCGGACUCGUCAUCGACCGGCCCAGGAAUCGCCUCCUCGUCGCCACUGCUGACGUCAAGGGCAACUUAUAUAGUGCGCUGGCGGCCUACGACUUGUCCACGUGGGAACGGGUGUUUCUCACUCAACUCAGCGGCCCAAGUGAUGAGAAAUCAUUCGCAGAUGAUGUUGCAGUUGAUGCAGAAGGUAAUGCAUAUGUGACAGAUUGCACAGCCAGUAAAAUUUGGAAGGUUGGAGCUGAUGGGAAGCUCCUCUCUACAAUUAGAAACCCUCUCUUCAAAGCAAAGGAGUGGUACAAAAACUUGGUUGGCCUAAACGGAAUCGUUUACCACCCAGAUGGCUACUUGAUAGUCAUUCACACUUUCAGUGGCAAAUUGUUGAAGAUUGAUCUAGCAAAGGGAGAGGAAGUGAAGCUCAUUGAGGUAGCUGGAGGACCGCUAACAUUUGGGGAUGGUCUGGAGCUCCUAUCUCCCACCAAGGUUGUAGUUGCCGGCAACCCUUCUGGUAGAUUAGUGGAGAGCUCUGACGGGUGGGAGACAGCUUCCGUUGUGGGAAAAUUCUCUGGCCCAAAGCAUCGGUUGGCCACAGCAGCAACCGUGAAGGACGGGAAGGUGUAUCUCAGCCACAUGGUUGGCAUGGGAUACCCCAAGAAGACGCAUGCCCUCGUUGAGGCAGUAUUUUCUGCCUGAAAGCUGGACUCGUCUCAACUCCACUACCGCCAUCGUAUUCAUAUGUAGAUUAGAUGUUGUCUGCGGAGUUUCAAUUUGAUUUCUAUAUCAGUAAACCACAUUUCUACGUUUUGAACAGAUAGGCGUGUACUCGACUGUAAUGCGUCGUCCGUGAAUAGCCUCUGUAACUUUCGAAUCAUCCGAGAGGGGGAUUCCCAGCUUCCAUUGUCCCUCCUCCUCUCUUUUGGUUUGUUUUAUUCCGACCAUAAACGAUCCUAGUAUUUGGAUUGGGCUUCCUA